CAAAAACAUGUGCGAAUGUAAUGUUUUAUUUACUCUUUACUCAACUUUCGUAUAUUUCCUAAACAAAUUUUAAAAUCAAAACAUGGCCCGUCCGAAGGACUCCAAGAAGCAAUCUGGCAAGAAGAACAAAAUCCAUUUAGUCUUCGACGAGAAGGAAAGAAAGGAAUUCCUCACGGGCUUCCACAAAAGAAAAUUGCAACGUAAGAAGGAAGCCAAGGAAAAAUUCCUCAACACGUUGAAGGAGGAAAGGAAACGCAUCAAAGCGGAGGCCAAGGAAUCGUAUAAAAAAUUACUAGUGUCUCACAGACCGAUACCGGAAUUAGAAGACUUUCUAAGCGAAAAGUACGAAGACGAAAAAGUAACUGUAAAAGUAGUGGAGUUAUCGAAGAAUGAAAUAGCUAAACAAAACAACUGGUUAGGUGAAAAUCAAACUACCUAUGAAAACGAAGAUGCACAAGAAGAAUCGGAGGAAGAAGAGGAUAGUUCGAACGAACUACCCGGCAUGGAAUUAAAACCUAAACGAAUUGAAAAACCGAAAGUUGAAAAGGAAGUAGUCAAUUUCUCCUCAGGCAAGGAGAUUAAAAGGGCCCUUAAGAAGCAGGCAACAAAGACCGUAAAAAAGAGUAAAGUUUUUAAUAAAAUGAACGAAAUGGAAAGGAGGAAACAGCGGAAAAAAUCGAUGCAAUUGAAGAAACAAAAAAUGAAAAUUAUAGACAAGAAGAAAGGAAAACGGGGCCUCAAAAAAAGAAGCAAAGAAUAAUUAAUAUAAG